AUGUCCGCAAGCGAACGAGCUCCAAGGAAAGACGAGGCUUUUAAGCCCAAGGAGGAUCUAUCCCACCCAGGGCCAGCAAAAGGCACCUCCCCAUUCUUCGAACCCCGAACAACUGAUUUCAAUCAAGCCGGCGGCGUAGGCGCCCAAGGCGAGGGAGUCGAUAGCCUUGGAAGGCAUGAUGAAGGACGAGUGAGAGCUGGAGGAAUUGCUACUGGCAAGGACCCGCGAGUGACGAAGCAAGCCAAGGCGCACGGGGAGGAUAAUCUUGAAGGGGCAAAUACGUAG